AGCUAUGGAUUCAGUUGUCUAUAGUCAUGGCAGACGUGGAGGUUGGGUCACCUUCCCCUUCAUUACAGGUCUUAAAUUUCUCUCUUGCCAUGCACCAACAAAUAGCUACAAUGGGAGCCAACCAAUUUGAUAAACCUCAACAUCGUGUGACUUUCUUCAACUGGUACUUUCUUGCUAUAUACGUUUCCUCUGUAAUUGGUGCCACAGCUAUUGUGUAUAUGGAGGAUAAUAUUAGUUGGAAAUUGGGAUUUGGGAUUUCUGUUGCUGCUAAUUUAGUUGGACUUGUUAUUUUCUUGUUGGGUAAAUGUCUCUAUUGGUGUGACAAGCCACAAGGGAGCCCAUUUAUGAGUUUACUUCGUGUUGUUGUUGCUUCUGUAAGAAAAAGAAAAGCAGAACUCUCGUCCAGACGUGAGGAUUAUUACCAAGGCCAAAAUGGAAGGACCAAUAUCUUAAUUGUAACGAUUCUGAACCGCGCAGCAAUAAAAACUGAAGGAGAUAUUGGAGCAGAUGGCUCAAUAGCAAAGCCAUGGAGGCUAUGCACAGUUCAACAAGUAGAAGAUUUCAAAACUCUAAUAAAAAUAUUCCCACUAUGGUCAUCCGUCAUAUUCUUAAGCACCCCAAUAGGAAUUCAACUUAGCAUGGAAAUUCUACAAGCUCUAACCAUGGACAGUCAUUUAAGUUCACAUUUCAAAAUCCCAGCUGGAUCUUUUGUAGUCAUAGUCUUUAUAUCAACAUCAAUUUUUCUCACUUUAAUUGAUCGUUUGCUUCUUCCUUAGCUGACUCGACAAUCACCAACUCCACUUCAACAAACAGGACUAGGCCACGUGUUCAACGUGAUUGCCAUGGUUGUAGCAGCACUAGUUGAGUCCAAGAGGCUUAAAAUAGUUCAUACUCACAACCUUGAAGACCAACCAAAUGGUUCCAUGGUGCCAAUGAUGGCCUAUUGGCUAUUUCCGCAACUAAUAUUGAUUGGCAUUGGAGAAGCAUUUCAUUUUCCAGGACAAGUUAGAUUGUAUUAUCAAGAAUUUCCUGCAUCGAUGAAAAGCACAGCAACUGCAAUGAUUGCUUUGGUUAUCGGAGCUAGUUACUAUUUGAGCACUGCUUUGAUAGAUGUAGUCCGGAGGGCCACACCUUGGUUACUAGAUAAUAUAAAUACUGGGAGGUUAGAUUUUGUGUAUUGGAGUUUAUUUUUAAUUGGGUUGCUAAACUUUGGUUAUUAUUCAGUUUGCUCAAGGUUGUACAAAUAUCGAAAUGUUGACACUGGAGAGGAUAGCCGUUCUGGCUCUCUGUGAACGAAAGUUGCUGAAAAUAAAGAAAUGAAAUUACUAAAA